CACCAUGAACUCCGCACUGCAACGAGACAGCGAAGAAUAUUGGAGCUGUUUAUGGAAGGAAGGGCUAUCAGUAUGGCAGCAGCAAGGGGUGAUAAAACUUUUGGCGGACAACAAAGAAGUCAUUCUUGCUGGAAAAUCACGCGCUCGCGUGUUCAUACCCCUCUGUGGAAAAGCAUAUGAACUGAAGUGGUUUUAUGACCUCGGACACACCGUGAUUGGUGUGGAAUUCGUGGAGGAAUGCGUACGCGGCUUCUUCGCCGAGAACUUUCUGCAAGUGGAGGAGGCCAGUUGUCCCAUCACUAAAUGCAAAAUACUCAGGACUACAGACCAUCGGCUGCAAGUGUUUAUCUGCAACAUAUUCAACUUUAAAAGGGAGUGCGCUGGAACUAUGGACAUUGUUUGGGAUAGAUCUGGAUUCACAGCCAUGAGAAUCGAGGACCGUGCCAGAUAUGCUGCAGUAAUCAAGAAUCUGCUGGCCCCAGAUUUCUCGUACGGCAUGUGGACGGUUGUUUAUGAUACGCCCAAUGUUGCUGACACGUUCGGGCCUCGAAGCGCCGGAGAGUCGGCCCUUAGAGAAUAUUUCGGAGAUACGGCUGCGAAGAUUGCACUGGUGGAUAGCCAUGUUCAAGAGAAGAUGCCCUACGUGGAGGGAGGCGGACCAUAUACUUACUGCCUCUGGCACAUGACCCCAUGAAAGCCGUAAAAGAGCAAAUUGUUUGGACGUGCCAUCUGCUUAAACACCAUUGCGGUACUUAUGCAUUACCAUGUUCUCAGGACUAUUGCAAUUUACAAAUUCAAUCCGUGGACAUCGCAAGUUCACUGGGAACGAAUUUCCCGGGUGACACCAGCUUCGAAAUAUUAAAUCCAAAACUUUGCGGAGAAAUGCAUUGGUGUUCCAGUUACUUUUGUGCACUAAUGAAUCAAAAGGCGUACGUUAAGAAAGUAAGUGGGGCGACAAUACAAUUAUACCGCAAGUUUGACGACGAACCUCUCGUAAAUUGUGUCAUCCACACAAUUCGUUCCUUGUGUAUAUGCCUUGCAAUCUCGCCCCCUAAAAUACGUAAAUACCAAUCUGGGCCUUAAUGCAAUCAUUAAAAACGUAAGUAGUGCAUUUUCGUUAAUUAGUCGAUCAUGCAUCUGAGUUAUUGUGCAAGUAAUGUCCGGCUCUUCGAGUAGACUUACUCAUGGACAAGAAUUGUGCUAUCUGCCACAGGCAAUAUUAAAUAAUUUUUGAAAGUGUUAGAUAAAACCUGUAUGAUCACUGAGAAGUAGGGAACGAAUGAAAAAACGAAACUCAUGGAAAUUUAUUGUUAGCGUGACCUAAUUUCGGAUGGUGUAGGAGGUGCAUGGGAGACGGUUAUUUCAGUAUGGAUCAAUAUACUCGUAAAAUGCCGUGAACAUUUCAUAAUUAGUGAAAGAAUACAUUACCCGUGGAUGCAGCUAGUAUGCGCUGGCGGAAGCAUCUCGUUGAUUUACAGAACAGCACAUGAAAAACGAUAUGUGUAAGUUUCCCAAGCAGUGUGGUUCAAUAUUAUAGAGAUGUUUUCCCUGAAAUGGCUUAAACGUCAUGGCAAUAAUAAAUGAAUAAUUUUAUGCCUCUUCA